AUGUCACACGUUCUCGAACAAGGUGUCCCCUUGGGCAAGACCAUCGUCCCCCAACACGACGGCAUACCUCCCGAAGAAGAUGAACACUCGGCAACAUUGCGAGCAUGGACGGACAAGUAUCGCGGUGCCACUGUAGCGGACCUCGAUCUCCCUCCGGCGUUGUCUACAUCCCCAAGCACCUCACUUGCUGAAGCCAUGUUGUCCGCCUCAUCCCACGACUAUUCCCAUCUGACGGUUCUCUCCGAAAAUACACGGUCUCUCCUGGGUUAUCUCCCAAUCUCAAAACUCAAACAACUCUUUGAGUCCCGGCAACUGCAGCCGUCGGACCCCGUGUCGAAAGCCAUGGUGAAGUUUCAACGCCGCGGAACGAAAAAGUAUCAGGUCAUAACGAUGGAGACUGAGCUGUGGGAAUUGGAAGGCUUCUUCAAGAACGUGGGACCACUGGCCACCGGCGAGCCUCAAGACUUCGCUGUUGUCACUGAUGGAAGUAGGAAAUUCGUGCUCGGCGUUGUCACUAGGGGUGAUCUUGACGAGUUUGUGAAACGGAGGCCAGCUUGA